GAGUUGUGCAGCACGAGCAAAUGGGUGUGCGACAGUGCGGAAUUAUUUAAUUAUCUGAAAAACCGUCGAAUCCCAUAUAAAAUAUACAUGCUAUCUUGUGAUCUCUCUCAUCACCACUCCAGUCUCUUCCAUGUCCCAUUCCUUGAUCAUAUUUCCAAUGGAACUUCAAGUUUCUGAGCUCUUGCAAUUCUUUUACACCUUCGUUUGCUUUCUUCUAUUCUCCAUCUUCAGCCUCUUUCUAUUGAGAUCAAACCGAUUGUGCAGUUGUGAAAUUUGCCAGAUCUAUCUCACCUCGAGCUGGUCUUUAAAAUUCAUAAAUCUUUGUGAUUGGUAUGCACAUCUUCUUAGAGAUUCUCCAAGCAAAACCAUCCACAUACAUGUUCUAAAAAACACCAUCACGGCCAACCCUGAAAACGUCGAGUACAUCCUCAAAACUCGAUUUGAAAACUACCCGAAAGGCAAACCAUUCUCUACAAUCCUUGGUGACUUUCUAGGUCAAGGCAUAUUCAACGUGGAUGGCCACUCAUGGAGGUUCCAAAGGAAGAUGGCAAGCCUCGAGCUCGACAGACACUCGGUACGAUCGUAUGCUUACGAGAUUGUCAAUCACGAAAUCGAACACCGUCUCAUCCCUCUUUUAUCAUCCGUUUGUUCUAAUUCGGAUAAUGGUAACGGAGUAGUCCUCGAUUUGCAAGACGUCUUCAAGAGAUUCUCGUUCGACAGCAUAUGCAAGUUCUCUUUCGGGUUGGACCCUAUGUGCCUAGAGUUGUCAAUGCCCUUGUCCAAAUUCACCGUCGCCUUCGACAUGGCCUCGAUGUUGUCCGCCGAGAGAGCCAUGACGCCAUCUCCCAUAAUUUGGAAGAUCAAGAGAAUUUUAAAUUUGGGGAGCGAGAAGCAACUAAAAGAAUCCAUAAACAUCAUCGACGGUUUAGCCAAGGAGGUGAUCGCCAGAAAGCGCGAAGUGGGAUUUUCAACCCAAAAAGAUCUCUUGUCAAGAUUCAUGAGAAGUGUAGAAGAUGAAUCCUACUUGAGAGACAUUGUUGUAAGCUUUUUAUUGGCUGGGCGUGACACUGUUGCAUCCGCUUUGACAAGUUUCUUUUGGCUCAUUGGAACCCACCCGAACGUUGCGUCAGCGAUUCUGUUGGAAGCUGACAGGGUGCUUGGACUCAAUCAAGGCCUCAAGAGCUUUGAUCAAAUGCAAGAGCUUCACUAUUUACAAUCCGCAAUUUAUGAGAGCAUGAGGCUCUACCCUCCUGUACAGUUUGACUCAAAGUUUUGUGAACAAGAUGAUGUUUUACCCGAUGGCACGUUUGUGAGGAAAGGGACUAGGGUUACUUACCAUCCGUACGCAAUGGGUCGGAUCCAGGAGAUUUGGGGCUCUGACUGCAUGGAAUUUAAGCCCGACAGAUGGUUAAAGGAUGGCGUUUUCUUCACGGAAAACCCUUUCCAGUACCCAGUUUUUCAACCGGGACAUAGGGUUUGUCUGGGGAAAGAGAUGGCUGUGAUGGAGAUGAAAACCGUUGUGCUUUCACUGCUCAGACGUUUUAACAUCGAACAUGCAGCACACGAAUCAAGUAGUGUGCCUCGGUUCUCUCCCGGACUCACUGCAACCUUAAGUGGUGGGCUUCCAGUGCUGGUGAAAGAAAGGACUAGCACCACCAUCGAGUCAUGAGUCAUGACUCGUGAUGAGUCAUAUUCUGCUCUGCCAUAUUUGGUGCAUGUUUAGUAGGAUCUACCAAUAAAAAAGUGUUGCGCGCAGUGUUACCUCGGUGGCUGAACUCAAGGUUAUGUAACCAGAACGUCUACUGUCGGUGUACGGUAUUUAUAUUUUGGUGUACAAAAUGAUGGCAAUGUAGCUGGCUGCUUUUUUACCACUGUGCAAGUGGAUACAUAUAUUCCUUCAUGGAGUAUAAUUAGCUAGUGAUGAUUUGCUUUAUCUAUUUGUUUUUUUAUACAAAAAGCUGCACACUAUGGAUGUUGAGUUUGAUAUAUUGGA